GUCAGCUGAUAUGAGUUGCUCUGUCAUUCUGAAUCUUCAUGAACAGAACCUCACAACAGAAGGUCUCGUAGAAUUUGAGCUGGAGCCUCGGGAUAGUAAUCGCAUCCAGAAUUAAUGCAAACAGUCGGCAAGGCUUGGUCGGUCUGUCAGAAAGAUAAUUGUAAAGACACGGAGGAAGGGGAAGUCGUUCGCAACCGAUUCCCCAAGUAAUGCUAUAUAUUACUAAAGGCCCUCACUUCCGCACGCGUUAAAUUGUGUUAUUUCUUUAUUUUGAGUUGUUCAAAACUAGGCUAUCCCCAUGGCUUCAAUACUUGAUGAAUACGAAGACUCUCAGACCAUUCGUCACUCAACGCAGCAGCCGCAUACCCGCCUUUCAGCAUCUAACAUUGGGAUUACACACUCAGGAUUUGUAAAUGCCAGAUUGGAGGAAGAGAGGCCGAUAUUCAAUAAGCAGAGGAUUGAUUUUUCUCCCCCUGAGAAUAUUAACCAUUUUGCAGUCUGCAAUAACCAGCUUUGUAUGAGCCUUGGGAAAGACACCCUGCUGAGAAUUGAUCUUGGAAAGCCUGAUCAACCAAAUCAGGUUGAACUUGGACGCAAGGAUGAUGCAAAAGUACACAAGCUAUUCCUGGAUCCUACAGGUUCCCAUCUGCUGAUCAGCCUAAAUACAAACGAGUGCCUGUACCUGAACAGAAACACUCAGAAGGUGCGGAGCCUGUCGCGAUGGAAGGGUCAUCUCAUUGAGAGCAUUGGCUGGAACAAGCUCCUGGGUACAGAGACCAACACAUGGCCCAUCCUGGUGGGCACCAGCCAGGGACAGAUCUAUGAGGCAGAGAUAUCGGCAUCAGAAGGAAGCCUAUUCAAUACCAACCCAGACCAGUAUUUUAGACUGGUCUACACUUUAGAUGAAGAUGGCAAAUCGGCCCCUGUUUGCUGUUUGGAGAUUGAGCGGGGGAUUGAAUCAAAGUUCUUCAUCAUAGCGACCACGCGGAAGCGUCUGUUCCAGUUUGUCGGAAAAGUGCCAGAAGGUGCAGAGCAGCAGGGCUUUAGUUCCAUUUUCAGCCAAAAUGCGGACCAUUUCCCCAGCUUUCAGGAGUUUCCAGCCAAUCUUGGCUUCAGCGAAAUAGCGUUUUACACCCCUAAGCUGCGUACCUCGCCGCGAUCAUUUGCCUGGAUGAUGGGUAAUGGAGUUUUAUAUGGAACGCUAGACUAUACCCGUCCUGAUUCUCUGCUAAGUGAUGUUCAGGUUUGGGAGUAUCCUCCGGAUAUCGAUUUCAAUUUCAACAAGCCCAUUUCCAUUGUCCUGACGCAGUUCCAUUUUCUGCUCUUGUUGCCUGAUCGGGUGAAAGCUGUAUGCAUCUUAAAUGGGCAGGUGGUUUACGAAGAUGUAUUUCCAGACAAGUUUGGGCCCUUGAAAAAUAUGAGCAAAGACUCGGCUUGCGGAUUAGUGUGGAUUUACACAGAGAAAGCUGUUUUCCGCUACCACAUUCAGAGAGAGGCGCGAGAUGUGUGGCAAAUGUACAUGAGCAUGAGCAAGUUUGACUUGGCCAAAGAGUAUUGCAAAGACAGGCCUGAGUGCCUUGACAUCGUAUUGGCCAAAGAAGCUGAGCACUGCUUCCAGAAUAAGAAAUAUCUGGAGAGUGCCAAGUGUUAUGCUCUGACGCAAAACUAUUUUGAAGAGAUUGCCUUAAAGUUCAUUGAAGCCAAGCAGGAAGAUGCUCUGAAAGAAUUCCUGAUGAAGAAACUCAACAACCUGAAGCCCAGCGAGAAGACACAGAUUACCCUUCUGGUCACCUGGCUUACGGAACUCUGCCUCAACAGGUUGGGCACCUUAGAAGGGGAUGAGUCGAAACGCAGCCUUUUCUUGGAGAGCAGAGAACAGUUCCGCAAGUUCCUCAGCAGCUCCAAAAUCAAAGAAUGUCUGUACAACAACAGAACGACCAUUUACGACCUUUUGGCCAGCCACGGAAAUGUGGAAGACAUGGUUUUCUUCUCUGUCAUUAUGCAGGACUAUGAGCGUGUGAUCUCCCACUAUUGCCAGCAUGAUGACUACGAAGCAGCCCUGGAGGUGUUGUCUAAACACCGCGAUGAGAAGCUGUUCUACAAGUUCUCACCAGUCCUCAUGCAACACAUCCCCAAGAAGGUGGUAGAUGCUUGGAUCCAGAUGGGGAAGAAACUAGACUCUAAGAAUCUCAUCCCUGCUCUGGUAAACUACAGCCAGAUUGGCAGUACAGAGCAGAUCAAUGAGACCGUACGCUACAUGGAGUUUUGUGUAUAUGAGUUGGCUGUAACGGAAGAGGCAAUCCACAACUACCUAUUGUCUCUCUAUGCCAAAUACAAGCCAGAGUCUUUGCUUUUGUACUUGGAGCAGACUGGAACACACUCUUCAGACAUUCACUAUGACCUCAAGUACGCCUUGCGUCUGUGUGCUGAACAUGGGCAUCAUAAGGCCUGCGUUCACGUCUAUAAGAUAAUGGAACUGUAUGAGGAGGCAGUGGAUCUGGCAUUGCAGGUAGAUGUGGACCUGGCCAAAUCCUGUGCAAACCUGCCGGAGGAUGACGAGGAAUUGCGGAAGAAGCUGUGGCUGAAAAUCGCCUGCCACGUGGUGCAGGAGGAGAAGGACGUGAAGAAAGCCAUGAACUGCCUCUCCAGCUGCAACCUGCUCAAGAUUGAAGACAUCCUGCCCUUCUUCCCAGAUUUCGUCACCAUUGACCACUUCAAGGAGGCCAUCUGCAACUCGCUGGAGGAGUACAACAAACACAUCGAGGAGCUCAAGCAGGAGAUGGAAGAAGCCACCGAGAGUGCCAAGCGGAUUCGAGAGGACAUCCAGGAGAUGAGGAAUAAGUAUGGUGUGGUGGAGUCUCAGGAGAAAUGUGCUGCCUGUGACUUCCCCCUGCUCAACCGCCCAUUUUACCUAUUCCUGUGUAGCCACAUGUUCCACUAUGACUGCCUCCUUCAAGAGGUCAGCCCCCACCUGUCUGCUUACAAGCAGACCAAGCUGGAGGAACUCCAAAAGAAGCUGUUGACCACCAGCCAGCCCACCAAGUCCAGACAUCAGCUGAAAGAGGAGGACACGGCAAGCCUGGGAAAAGGCCAGCUGAGCCGACAGCAGAUCAAGUCACACAUUGACGACAUCAUUGCCGCAGAGUGCGUGUACUGUGGGGAGCUGAUGAUCAAGUCUAUUGAUAAGCCUUUUAUUGACCCACAGAAGUAUGAGGAUGGGAAAUCAAGCUGGCUAUAAAGACUGGUACAGCGGCAUCCAGAAUGGGGAUGGUUCUCACUAAGUUAAGGGCAAGUGCGGAACUAUCUGCUAGGAUGUACUGUGAAGUUUGCCUGUACUUAACUGCUGCAUUGGUGUGUAGCAAAACUGAAACCUACAACUGCACUUGUGAAUACAUCUGAUCAGUUUGUGGUUGUAAGAUAAGAAUUGCAUUUUCCUUCAAAUAUGUGUUUGUGAAACACCUGGUCCCCCACUCCUGUCUGCUUUUUUUGUUUGUUCAGAACGGAAACAAAAAUAUACUAAUUCUCUUCAUAGCAGGUACAGCAGAAGUGGCAGAAUUAGAAAAUGCACUUAAUCAAUACAUUUUAUCAAUACAUCUUUAAUUAGUCACCCUGAUAAAUAUGUACCUUUUUCAAACCAUGCAAGUUUCUUUCACCUAUCUGUUGAUCUUCCUCAGCACUAUCGUAGAGAGAACAAUCUCUUAGGGGUAGAGUAUGUAGUUCAGUCUCCAUGUCUAUCUCUGUUCACUCUGAGGGAGCGCUGAUUGUGCUAACAGGGGAAGUCCAUUUGGAACAGAACUGAAACUGCCAGAGCUAAUUUCACCGCAACAGCCAUAGAUUUGUAUAGAUUUCCACCACUACUGACCUUGACUGGCUUUUUACUGGCUCCAUCUCCAAUUUCCAAUGCCCUGAGCUACCCACCUCUUUUACUCUCCAUCCCCCCUUUAUAGAACUAAGAUGUGUAACAAAACAUACAGUUCCACACUGUACCCUCAUUGACAUCCAGUUCAAAUUGAUGUUGGUUAAACCCUGCCUUCUAGUAAGUGUUAUUGUACUCUUGCUUGGGAGAGCCCCUGUUCAUGUUCCAAGCCUUCUCCCUGUACUUCUGACUUUGUUUUUUUUUGUUGUAUAGUUCUAUUUUAAUGAGGAAUAAACAUGAAUAAAAGUCAGGGUGAGCAAAUUAAUAGCUUGAUUGUUAUUGAAAAAAAAAUUCACAACUUGUCUCUUUUGUAUAAAAGCCUUUUGUUUGGAAGGAGAUGGAACUCAUUUUGUUUUCUGUAUUACAGUAGCCUCCAGCUAAGAGAACACCACUCGGGAAGCAAGCUAAGAGUUCUUUAACACAAAGUUGACCACCAGACGCAAUACCAAUCAAUAAAUAAAUAUGUAUUACUUGUCAGGGUGCACAUGCAUGAACAUAUGAAAUUAAAAGAAUAAAUAAAUUAAUAAACUAUAAUAAUAAAGUAACGGACAAAUUACUGUUAAUAAACUGCCAAACUAAAUUUACACAGCACCCCUACACAUGUUAAAAAAAUGCAUUAGCAGCUUUAGAUUUAUUAUGAAUACUGUACAGGUGCAAUAUUGUGAAACAGAAUGGUGAAGCAACAAAAUGAGCCAGUGGUAUGAAGCCGGUGCUGAAAAGAUUUAUUAAACCAGUCGGUGUGCCUCAAGACACUCGCGAUGACAGGCCACAUUUACAUUUACAUAACAUUACAUUUACAUAAACCAUUUGAAUUAAAGUUUGAUGAUGAUGAUGGGUUAUCAGGUUACAAAACUGUAUCAGUUGUGAACAUAUCGCUUUUAAGCAAAGUUGCUAUUCCUUUUAGACAGCAUUUACAAUGGGAAAAAUCAGUUUCACCAUAAGGAUGUUCUCUUAGGUGAAGUGUUCUCUUAGGAGGUUACUAUAUGCAGAGACUACUGCACCCCUUUUAAAAGCCUUAAGGAGUAUUGAGUAUAGCCGAACAAUUACAAUUCUGUCAAAGAAUUAACAUGUGGUUUUGAGUGUCUACAAACACUUCUGUUUGCUUUCAUGCCUCAUUGUAUGUGAAACAUGAUAAAAUGCUAAAAGUCAUUUUUCAGUUUGAUUACUAUGCAAACAGCUGUGUGAUUCUGGUUCUGCUCCUACUGUUGAGCCACACAGCAGCUAUGUGUGUAACAUAUAGGAGGCCUUCCAGAAUGUAACAAGUGUAUCACAGAAACCUAUAAUCUGCUAAGUAUCCUGCAGAAAACAGUGUGUAUUCUUAAAAAGUUAACACCAAGGCUUUUGGUUUUCUUACUCUACCUUUUAGUUGCAUUAUCAUUGAAUCCCAUUUUUUGUGCAGAAUAUCUCUUGGUUCUUUACAAGUUGCAGUUCCUAAUCACUUCCUGUCAGGCCACUGUAGCUACAGCACAGGAAUCAAUAACUAUUUGAAAAAAACUACCUUGUGAUAAAAGUCAGAGAACUUCAUCACAGCAGUAGUAAUGUUACUAAUAGGAGGUAUUAAAAUGUUUUUAGCGCUUGAACAGCCAACUUAAUUAAAAAGUAUGUUAUAAUUUCGAUGCACAAUUUGUAAGCUUUUACGGUAGCUUUUCAUGAUUAAUGAGUUGUUGUUUUUUUACAUCAAGGGGAAUGGAAUUCAAACUGAGUCUAGUGACUUCUAUCAGUCUGGUUUAUUACAUUAUCACACAUACUAGAGUGACUGUUGCACUUCCUUUUGUUGGUCAUAUUGAAUUAAAACCUGUAACACUGCUGAGUAUGAUGAAGUGAUACGGUAUCAUAUUUGUGCAGGGAAGAUGUUUUAAUCAGCUGUUGCUACCCAAAAAACAUUACAUGGACUGAAAUGAUUGUGACUGUAUUAUCAUCAGUACGAAAUAAAAUACUGCAUGACCUUA